AUGUUUGGACGAGAGCAGAGUCACAGCUCUAGGCGACUGCAUGGAACCUGCUUUCAUUUAAAAGCCAUUGAUCAUGGCAGUAAGAUUCAUAAACUCAUUCCAGAAAGACUUUUGCUUAAAAAUGUGGGCAUUUCAUCCAAGCUUCAAAGGUUGUUCUCUAGUAAUGGGGACUUUGAUAAGGCCCACAAGGUGUUUGAUCAAAUGCCCAAGAGAAAUGACUCUGCUUUUCCAUGGAAUUCACUUAUAUCGGGUUAUGCUGAGGUUUGCUUGCGGAGUGUUGGAAUGAUCGAAGCUGGGGAGGAAGUUCAUCGUCAUGUGAUUCGCUCUGGAUGUGGAAACAAUAAGUUUGUGCAAAAUGCACUACUGGAUAUGUAUGCCAAGUGUGGUGAUAUUAGCAAGGCUCGAAAAGUUUUUGAUACAAUUGUGGACAGGGACGUGGUUUCAUGGAAUUCCAUGAUUAUUGGGUACAUGAGGCAUAAUCUUACUGUUGAGGCAUUGGAUUUACUACGUGGGAUGACACAUGAGGGAUGUGAACCUGAUUCAAUUACCAUAUCAGAGGGAAGCAAGAAGAGAAGAAAGGGAAGAGAAGGCAAGCAGCGCCUAGGCGCUGCAUGGACAGCGCCUAGGCGCUGCCCAGUUUCUGCCGGAGCAGAAACUGGGCGCCUAGGAGCCAUGUCCAGGCUUCGGUGCAUGCCACAAAGGGAUACCGUGUCAUGGAAUUCAAUAAUUUCAGCACAUUCUAAGGAGUCUGUUGCCCUAGAAUAUUUGCAACAGAUGUUGAAAUGUCGCACUUUGCCUAACAGUAUUACAUUGGUCUCGUUGUUAUUAGCUUAUGCUCAUUUGGGCAUGGUAAGGGAUGGCGAGAGAUUUAUUGGCGCCUAG